AUGGUUUAUCUUUUGGGAACCCCCAUCCAGGAACCGGCCACAAAAGUACGAGAUCGUCUCCAGAAAGUUGCAGCAAUGAAACAAACAUACCGAGUCAAAGUAGGAUGGGAUGCAAUUAUCGAACCGAAACUCGACGACGUCGUAAUUCACUGCGAUUUCAGCCGUUUCCAAGAGACAGACGAUGACCGAUACUUAUUUGACCCCACGGCCAAGGCCCAGAUUCCAAAAUCAGGCCUGGUUCUCUCUGAUUCUUGUCGGUUGGGAACAGCCGCCCUAGAAGCCAAAGACAAAGACCUGAUGGCCACGCGAGCUGUCACGCUUCAGGCUAAUCUGAAGGAAGGUGUCGAAGAUGAGAACUCAGAGAAUCCGGAUGAUUACGACAGAGGGGACUAUCCUGAGGUUAUACAGCUCUGCGAGAGCCAAAUGGAGUUGGUCAGGAAUGAUGCAGAAGGCAAUGGUCUUCUCACCGAGGACAUGAUCUGGGAGACCUUCCAUAGCAAGGCGAACAUAGGCAACCUUAGCCCGCUGUCUGGAGAGGAGAGCGAUGGCGACGCCGAAGAGCUUUUGACGGCCAUGGAUGCUUACGCGACGCUUGAGCAUGUUCUUCUCCACGAGGCAAGUGAAAACUACCACCUUGACUCUGUCAGACAAACAAAAUAUUCCUGUGACUAA